GCCCCGCCUUAGCUCCCGCGCUAGAGAGAAACAUGUAUCGUUUCCGAUCACAGCUCUUCACGGGGAUUUCAGCUGCCGCCAUCGCCCACUCUUACCCGCGCCGCUUCUCGCCUCUGUUGUUAGCCGAAGACUCGCCACUCAGCCGCCCGUCGCACAGACGCACGAGUAAAAAGUGCAGCUCCAUCGGCUGA